GAAUGCCUCGCACAGUACAGACACAGAAAAAAGAUACUAAAAAAAAAAAAAAAAAGCCCUUCUUCAUCCUUCCUGUGUAUUUUGCAGAAAACAGAAAAACCUGCAGGUGUCUGUGAGAAAGGAAAGGAGGAGGAAGCGGGUGCGACCUGAGCUCCCACUUCACCAAAGCCUGGAAACGGACAGAAGAGGACGCACGGAUCCGCAAGUGCCGCACAUUGGACUUUUCCACCAUCAGCAACCACUCUCUCCCCUGUUUCGCCAUCCCUGCUCCUCCUCCUCCUCCUCCUCAUAGGUCCCCCACUUUCUCCUCAUCCUCAUUCUUUCAUCACCUUCAGUCAUCCCAGAAUAGCAUUUCUCCACCAGAGCGCUCUCAGCCAAAACAUCAGUGGGAUUUUCUAUUUAAAAAAAAAAAAAAAAAAAGAAAAAAAAAAUAGAGGGGGUCGACUUGGGAGAAGCUUGGAGAUGGAUUGAAAUUAAAAAAAAAAAAAAAAAGAAGGGGGACUGUAUUCAUCCACGCACCGCAAAACUGGAGCAGCACGCGAGACCACGCCGGGGAGGACGGGGGAGACGGGACUCGGUGAAUUCACGGAGCCCCCGGGACAGAGGCUGUGACUGGUCCCACCCCAAGAUGAUGUCCCCCAAAAGCAAGGCCAAGAAGAAGCCGCCCAAAGACAGCAUGACGCUUCUGCCGUGCUUUUAUUUUGUAGAGCUUCCUAUAGUCCUGUCCUCCUUGGUGUCCCUGUAUUUCCUGGAGCUGACUGAUGUGUUGUCGCCAGCGAUGGUGGCCUUCCGUUGCCAUGACCGCGACCUCUCUAUGCCCUAUGUGGAAACGGGUGAUGAGCUCAUACCUCUGCUGAUGCUCCUGAGUUUGGCCUUCGCCGGUCCUGCUGCUUCUAUUAUGAUGGGGGAGGCUCUGAUGUACUGUAUGCAGUCCAAACUGAAGACCUGUCCCAAAUCUGAGAGCAGCAUCAACGCUGGAGGCUGCAGCUUCAACUCCUUCUUACGCAGAACUGUGCGCUUUGUCGGUGUUCAUGUGUUCGGUCUCCUGGCAACAGCCCUGGUGACAGAUGUCAUCCAGCUCGCUACCGGUUACCACGCCCCUUUCUUCCUCACCGUAUGUCAACCCAAUUAUACAGCACCGGGAGUGUCAUGUGACAAUAAUGCCUACAUCACACAGGACAUCUGCAUGGGGAAAGAUCAGUAUGCCAUCAUGUCAGCUCGGAAAACGUUUCCAUCCCAGCAUGCAACGCUCUCUGGCUUCGCUGCUGUCUAUAUCUCCAUGUAUUUCAAUGCCAGCAUCAGCAGCACGACUAAGCUCCUGAAGCCGUUGUUGGUGUUUGCGUUCUGCAUGGCAGCAGGCCUCGCUGGGCUGACGCAGAUAACUCAGCACCGCAGUCAUCCCAUAGACGUUUAUGUGGGAUACCUGAUAGGAGCUGGCAUUGGAGUCUACCUGGCUGUGUUUGCUGUGGGAAACUUCAAAGCAUCAGAGGAGGACGCUCCCUGUUUUCCCAGACUGGCCCCGGCCCAGCAGAAGGACAGCCUGAGGGUGCUGAGCCAGCGCAGUCACGACUCGCUGUACAGAAAAACUCCCAGGGUGUCAGAGAGCAGGGAGGAGCUGGGGAUGGGCUCUGGAGCCCGGAGUAAGGUGAGGAGAGAGAAGGCAUCCUUGGCCUCCCUAAAGCGAGCCAGCGCUGACGUGGAGCUCCUGGCGACCACUCGUCCCAUGGGGAAGGAAACCAUGGUGACGUUCAGUAACACCUUGCCUCGAGUCGCGAACGGCAACAGCCCCAUUUCCCCGACAGAGGAACCGGCUGCUACACAGCGUCACAUGACCUUCCACGUGCCCUUUGACCCCCAGAGGUCUCGGCAGCUGGUGUCGGAGUGGAAGCAGCGUUCCCUGGAGCUCCGCAGCCAGAGCUCACGUGACGAGGACGAGGCUGCCGACAGAACCGACGGAGGAGACGAAGGAGGAGCAGUUGGAGAAGGAGAACAGGCGAUGCCGUCCUCGCUGUAUCCCACUGUCCAAGCCAACAAAGGCACCGCCACGCCAACCGGAGCCAGGAUGGUGGUGGCGCCCCCGUUGGUUCAUAUCCCUGAGGAGGCCUCCCGCCCACCGCCCGUCUCCCCUAAGAGUGCCAAGACCCGUGCCAAGUGGCUGUCACUCACAGAGGGAGGAGUGGUCAAAGAGCCAGGAACAGGGCCUAUCGCCGUCUCAACUCCCCGUGUGCCCACCACGCAGCCCAGUCAGCCUCCAAGCCAGCAACGAGUCACUCAGGUCAUAGCUAUGUCAAAGCAGGGACAUGGGCCGGUCACCUCAGAGGGGGGCUCUUCUUCUGGUGGUGGCUCUUCCAAUUGCUCCGAGUCGCCCUAUUACCGGAUUCCAUCGGAUCGGGACAGUUGCACCGGUAGCAACCCUGGGAGCAUUGCGGGAAGUGGGAGCAUUGUCACCAUCGACGCUCACGCCCCUCACCACCCAGUUGUGCGUGUGUCGGCCAGUAACGGAAAGCCGUGGGAGUGGAGAAACACCAUCAGUGGUAAUAUGAUGGGCGGAGACCCAGCAGGGGACAAACACCACAGGGCUUUGCAGCGACAGGACAAUGUGAGUCACUACCGGGAUUACCGGACUCUGCCGGUGAAAAGUGACUCGCUCUGCUCCUCCUCGGCCAGCGGCAGCGCUGAGGGAGGAGGAGCAGAUCUGCCUCCCCCACCUUUACCUACCUCCUCCUCCCCUCUGCCUCCACCGCCUCAGCUCUCGUCAUCCCCUCUCCCACCACCACCUCCUCACUCGUCUUCGUCCACAUUACCGCCCCCUCCACACCCAAGCUCCUCCCCAAUGCCCCCUCCACCUCCUCACUCUGCCACCUCUCACAUGCCUCCCCCUCCUCAUCCAUCCUCUCAGAUGUCCCCGCCGCCCCUCCCGUCAUCGUCUCAAAUGCCCCCACCUCCACACCCAUCAUCCUCCCACAUGCCCCCGCCCCCUCACCCAUCUUCCCUCCAAAUGCCCCCACCUCCACACCCAUCAACCUCCCAAAUGCCACCACUUCCACAUCCUUCCUCUUCCCCUUUGCCUCCUCCACCACACCCCUCCUCAUCUAUGCCACCACCUCCUCACCCGUCCUGCUCCAGCAUGCUCCCUCCUCCUCCCCACCCAGACUUACUGAUGGACGGCCACAGUCAGGUGCUGUCUCGUAACUCCACCCUUCCACGUCGGCCCUCAGUCUCUGCUCGCAGCCAUGCUGAGCAGGAGCACUACUACAAGGCCAUGCAAAAUGAGAGGAUGUUAUAGUACAGGAAGUAAGAGUACAGACGUUAUUGUUAUACCAAUGCUUGUGAACAGACAAUGACAGAAAAAGGAUUGUGGCAAGUGAAGAGAGAUUUAUAAAUUUUGAAAAGUGAACAAAUGAAAUAAAAGGUUUAGAGAGUCUGGAAUCCAACAGCAGCUUCAUUCACAAUGCUGGGAAUGGAGAGGCAGCGGGGGGCCAGGACUGUGGAGAGGUCUGGCAGCUCACACAACAGGAGGUUUGGUUUUUCCCUGCUUGCAUGCCUCUGCCCACAGCGCCAGCUCAACAGCAUGGACUGGGAAAAGAACAGACAAGGGAAAGAAGGGGGAGGCAGAGAACAGGGUGAAGAAUUAAGAAGCCUAGUUUGCCCCUGGUUUCAGUGCGCACAUCCUCCUUGUCUGUUUGAGAAACUGGAACCAGCCGGAAGAGAGAUAUCACAAUGAAUGGUGUCGGAUAUGUUCAGUAAGACUUUCCUUGAAAACAGGAAUAAGACAGAAAACAACAACAACAGGUAACACCCGCUGCUCUUGGAAUGGCUUAAAGAUGCCAAGCUUUACACUUAGAAUUUGUUGUUGUACCCACUGGACAAAAUCAUGCAACGCAAAACCUAAAAGUAAGGAAU